UACUAACUGGACGCUUUUUGGCGUAUCAACCAGAUUUAUUCAAAUCUAUCGCUUGCACUGAUUGCCGAUUUGUCUGCAAAAAACCUCAGUGUUUCCAAAUCGUUUGAUCCAGUGAAACGACUUUGAUCUCAUUUCAUUCAGCAAACAAAAGACGAAAAAAAUCCCAAAAUUUACUUAAGUGUGCAUACUGUUUGGAAAUCACGUAAAUAAAAUCAUUGUAAACUGAUUGUGUAAAUGAUUCAGCGACACGAAACGAGAAUAUUUUAAGUUGAAGACUUGAAAAAAGCCAGUGAAUGAAAUAUACUUUGAUCAUUUCGGAGUUGAAAAAAAAGCCAAUAUAAAAUAUUUAACGUAUUCAAGUGAAUGGAAAAUCAAGUGAUUGGGUGUUAGAGUAAAUUCGACGGCAAAUGCAUGCAAAUAUUAUUUUCGGAUUUGCAAUUGUAAUAGGUUUCGUAAAUAUUGUCGCGUAGUUUAAGUUUAACAAACAAAAUCAAUAUUCCAUUCAAAAGAUAAUAAAAUAAUUGUAUUUGGCUUCUAAAACUGAUAUGAAGCAAAAACAAAAGCCACUCGGUGCAGAAUUGAGUGUGUCUAUGUCACAUCGAGCAUAAAAUAACAGUAUAGCUGCAUCAAAAGUCAGCAUCAAACGGAUAAAAAGUGUUGUUGUUGUUUUUUGCGACUCAAAACUUACAAACUGGAUUAGGUGAAACGUAUUUUGGUUUGCGGAAUAUAAAACGACGACGACGCCAUAAACAACAAAACCGGAGGUGAAAAAAAAACUGUUUUUCCUGAUAUUACGGCCAAAGUACACCCAAAGGAUUGUCGUCAUUAAUAAUAGCGAACGAAAUAGAUAGAGUGUGAGUAGUGAACGGCACAUUUCAACGUAGUAAGUGGGGCAAAGUCGAAUCGGGUAAUGAAGAUAUGAGCGCUGACAUCUCAUCGUUAUGGCGACGAUGCAACCGAGCAUUCGAUGCAGAAGAGCCCAUGAUACAGCACAAGAGCACGUGAUAGGCCAUGGAAGAAACGAUCAAUUGUCGUUCGCAAGCAUCAACAGCAGCAGUAGCAAUAAAAUUGCCCGGCAUAUGGAACAUUUUAUUUACAUCGAUGGUUGUACUAGUGCUUCUAUUCGGCAACAUCGACGAAUCAAUGGCGGCGUGUCCGCAUUUAUGUGAAUGCAAAUGGAAAAGUGGUAAAGAAUCGGUAGUGUGCCUUAAUGCAAAUUUAAGUGCAAUACCAACGAUAUUGGAUGCGGCCACCCAGAUACUCGAUUUGUCACGAAACGAUAUCCAAAUCAUUUCGAAUGACGUCUUUAAUCGUGCAAAUUUGGUGAAUUUACAGAAAAUUUUCCUCACAAAAUGCCAUAUUAAAACGAUCGAACGGUAUGCAUUUAGAGCGCUACGAAAUUUAGUUGAAUUAGAUCUAAGCGAUAAUUUAUUGAAUAUGAUACCGUCGCAUGCAUUCGAAUCGACGGACGAACUGAGAGAAUUAAAAUUGAUUGGCAAUCCAAUUCAACGCAUUCAAAACGAUGCAUUUGUUAAAUUGUCACAAUUGGUACGAUUAGAAUUGUCAAAUUGCCAUCUUACAGCAAUCGAUGUCCGCGCAUUCACUGGCUUAGAAACAUCGUUAAAGUGGCUCAAGUUAGACAGUAACAAAUUAACCGAAAUCCGUGCGGCUGCUGUGAUAUCGCUACAAAAUUUGCACGGUUUUGAAUUGGCUGGCAAUCCAUGGAAUUGCACUUGUACAUUACGACCCUUACGAGAAUGGAUGCUACGUGAAAAUAUCCCAUAUAAUAUACCACCGAUGUGUCAAUAUCCGGACCGAUUAGUAUCAAAGACAUGGGAUAAAAUCGAUUUGGAUGAGUACGCGUGUAAGCCAAGUGUUUUUUCACCAAACGAAAAUCACUUUCAUGCGAUCGAAGGACGAAAUGUUACAAUGAGCUGUUCGGUUGGCGGCAUACCAGAACCAAAUGUAAAAUGGAUGAUACGCAAUCGGGUGAUUGUAAAUCUCACGGGAAAUACAAACUUGGCAACAACAGCACAAGGAGGACGUGGCGGUAGCAGUGGAAGCGGAGGCGGAAAAUUAUAUAAAUAUCAACAAAAUGCUAGCAAUCUAACAAUAUUAACAGCUGACAUCCAAGAUGCUGGCACAUAUAUUUGCUCUGGCGAGAAUAAAGCGGGCAAAGUUGAAGUGAGCGUUACAUUGGCCGUAUCGAAAAAGCCAUCCGAAACAAUUCUCAGCACAAAGGUAAUUUUGGCCAGUGUAAUCGCCUUUGUUUUCUUUGUAAUUGCCACUGUGCUGCUUGUGAUUGGUGUGUGCACAUUGAAACGACGAAAAAAGCUUAGCCGAUGGAAUACCCAAAGUCGCACCGAUAGUUAUGAGAAAAUUGAGUUGAAUAAUAAGCCUAAUUAUAAUAUGAGCAAAAGUCCCCGCGGUGAUCGAACCGCAUUUAUGAAAUCGUAUGGUGAAAAUGGCAUUUCGGUGGUCGCACAAAUGCGCCGAAAUGGAGAUUAUCGAAAUGUGCCGAGCGAAGAUGAUGGUACCGAUUGUUUUGAAGACAAUGCUGAAAGUAACAAUGCAACGAUAAGCAAUAUUAAAAUCGAUGAAACACUCAAUUGGACGCAUUCGACCACUGUUGCGACAUCGGUUAGCCGAAGUGCCAAAAAGGAUAUCAUAUCGAAUCAAAUCGAUGGCAUCAACAUGAAACCAUUACAGCUCAAUGAUAGCGAUCUACAUAUACCCAGAUUAAUUGAAUUAAGUGAUUCAACAACAGAUUCAUCAAUCGAUUUAUACGAUGGUAAAAUGUCGAAGCGUGGUAAAGUGAGUGCAUCGGUUGCUUGGUCCCAUCACAAAGCGAAUCGUGAACGUAUAUCGUCGAGUGGUAAUUUCGAAAAGAAUUAUGGCCGAGAUAAAAUGUAUCAGAGUGGCAGUGGCGAAGGACGGGUAUCUGAAAGUGAUUGUGAUAUUGAUAAAAAGUAUCCAGACCUAUUAGACAUAAGCCGAAUGUCGAUGCAAACAAGCGUACCAACAACAUCAUCGAGAGUCCAUUUGUACACGCAAACCAGCAAUGGCAGCACUACAAGUAGUAAUAACAAUAAAUCAGCGCCAAGUAAUCCAUUUUGCACUUUUCCGCGAAAAAAGCAUAUAUCGAGUCGAAAAGCGACGCCAUCAGAAAGCCAAUCACCGUUGUUGAAUGAAUCGUCGAGUCAAUACGGAAGCAGUACAUUUGCUGAUAGUGAUUUAUUCGGUCGACGUCUAUCAAGCGAAUCGUUCGGCAAUUAUCCACUUUCAAUUUGCACAAGAAAUAAUCAAUCAAAUAUUGUCGGCGGUGGCGGUCGUUCAAAUAGUUUCCUCAAUUUAACAACUCAAUCGAAUAGUGGAAAAGCGUUGAAUAGCAACAACUACAUGAAUCACAAGAGAAAUCCGAGUUUACCAUCGUCUCCGUGCAAAGAACCAUCAAAAUUGAUUGGUGCUGAUGAAACACCCCUUUUGGAUUUUUCAUCGUUUGCCAUGCACAAACAGCAAAUGAUUAUAACGCCAAGCUCAUCAACGUCAAAUGCAACCGCAUCUGCUACAACUCCCGUUGCUGCUGCUGCAGCCACUGCCACAAAUGCAUAUGACUAUCAUGCAGCACAAUUGGAACGGUUUCUGGAAGAAUAUCGUAAUUUACAGGAGCAACUUUGUAAAAUGAAAGAAACAUGCGAAUCGAUACGAAAGAAAGAAGCACCAUUGCGUGCAACGGCCGGCAAUUCCGUUAAAAAUGCUGACCCCGUUAUGUUUACUGCAUUAAAUAAUCAAAGUGUAAGUGGACUCGCAUCAUUUGAUGCCGGUCCACCAAAUCCAAAAGGAAUAUUGAAAAAUAAAAUUCUAUUGCCGAAUCAACCGCCCUCGCCGCCACCGUAUUGGUUACACAGAAAUGCAAUGCUCAAACGACUACAAGAUCCUAAUUCGGACUUCUUCCACAGCUGAAAAUCAUCGUCUCAAUAGAGACACAUUUGCAUUUACUAUACAUUCUUUGGAUUUUAUUCACAACCACACACACACACACACUCACAAUUUAUACGUAAUUGUAGAUGGAAUACUACAGAAAAGAAUACCAAGAAUAAAUCGCGAAAUACAGACCCCCACUCAUCCACCCUACUUUUUAGAUGAACUGUCUUAUGUAUAUUUGAAACAUUUUCAAACAUUUCACAACAUUCUCUAAUCAAAUGUAUUUUCCAGUUUAUACAAAACGAAACGAAUUGAUAUGUCAAACAAUUUAUAUAAGUAACAUAGAAAUAAUGUAUUCAAUGUGACAACACACAAUAGAUAACAGUGGCAAAUUUAUUUAAACGAAUAAAACUCUUUAACACAACACUCGCCCCCACCCAUGUCCUCAAACAUUCUUUGUAUUGUCGUCGUCGUCUUCAUCGUUGCUAUCAUUCAUUUUUUUUAAUCAAUAAAGUGUAAAUAAGUUCAUCAAUUAUACAAACACACUCUUUGUGUUUAAUUGCAUUUCAAUAUUUUAAUUAAAAAAAUCACCAUAUUUCCAUCACAAUGGAAUCGAAAUAAAAUCCGUGCAUGUUAUGUAUUUCUGUGUAUAAUGCAUUUAAGUUGAAUUUUCCUUCUAUCACAAUAUUUCGUUGUUUCGCUUUGCAAUACGAAUUGCGAGCGAUUCAAUUCUUAAUUCUGAAUGAAUUUUGUUAUUUAUUUCUUGUUCGUCGAUUGAUAUAUUGGACUGACGAAUCGGAUUUUGAAAAAGAAUUUAUGUGGAAAUUUUUUCUCUUCGAAAAUGCUGAUUGAUGAAUAGUUUAAAAGACGAAGAAAUUUUUAUUUUCGCUAUUCAAAGUAGAACACAAAUAUAUCGCACAUUGGCAUUCCGAUUCGAUUUGUUUUCAUAUUUUUGUUUUUGUUUAAAAUUCAUCGAUAAAACAGACUGUUUGAUAGAUCAAAUAUUUAAUGAAGAAAAAAACCAAACAAAAAAAGUAUUUUAAUCUAAAUUAGACUAUCGUUGAAAUCACUAAUCAUUAGUAUGGGUAUAAAAAAAUGGGAAAAUUUGAGUAAAAAAAAGUAAAUGGAAAUCAAACACAACAAAAAAAAACUA